UGAAGCUGGCCGGCCUGCCUCGGACUCUGGCGGGCUAACGCACCACAGUGAACGGGCUGUCAGGCUGCCAGGUGGCGGGGGGAGGAAGGGGAGGAGGCGGGGGGGCCGUGGCUGCCGGGGAAAAGGAGAGGAAAGAACCAGAAAGGCAGGAAGGCUGUGUGGACUGUGUGAACCUGCUGCUCAGCAGGGAACUGGGAAUAAUGGGAACCACGUAUGGAAAGAAGAAGGCGUACAGCAUCGACCACGAGCCUCCACCCAAGCAGCAGUACGUGAAAAAUGGAAAGCACCCAAACAGCAAAGCCUCAGCCUAUGCCAACCUGCAGCAGCACCGUCCUGAGGGCAGGAAGUCGUCCCCAGUGUCUGGCUACGUCCCCCAGCCCGACUACCUGAACGGAGACGAGGAGGAGGACCUCAUCAAACCCAAGAAGCUGGUGAAUCCUGUCAAAGCUUCAAAAAGUCACCAGGAGCUCCACCGAGAGCUGAUGAGCAGCUGUAAACGGGCUGGGCCGAGUUUGGUGGAAACGAAGCCGGAGCUGCAGAGAGUUCUGGAGUCAAGGAAAAGAGAUCAGAUGAUCAAACAGAGGAAACAGGAAGACGAGGCUCGAAGGAAGAUUUCUCCUCUGGAGGCUGAGCUGCUCAAGAGACACAAGAAACUGGAAGAGCUGGAGAAACAGCAGGAGAAGGAGCAGCAGGAGAACCUGAAGGCUCCAGAGUUUGUCAAAGUGAAGGAGAACCUCAGACGGACGUCAUUUAAUGAGACGGAGGAGAAGAAGGUCUAGAGACAGAGCCGAUGUCCUUUAGGAGACAGGAGACUGGGAGAGAGGCUGUCCACAUGAGUCCAGGACAAUCUGAGGACAGAGGAUACUGGGAGGACAAUCUGAGGACAGAGAAUACUGGGAGGACAAUCUGAGGACAGAGAAUACUGGGAGGACAAUCUGAGGAUAGAGAAUACUGGGAGGACAAUCUGAGGACAGAGGAUACUGGGAGGAAAGUCUGAGGACAUGAUAAAGACAAACACUGAGGACUGAAAACGACUGGGGAGAGACUGAUGACUAGAAGACAGUGAAGACAGAGACAAGCCCUGACAUGAUGAGGACAGACACUCUAACCCACUACUUCUAGAAGAGUCCAUGGCUGCAGGGUUCUGUCAACACUGGUUUUACACCCUCAUCCUCCACUGGUCCAUUUCUGAAUCAGAGUGUAGCUCAGAGCAGCCAGGGGGUAAGAAUGAGACGUUCACACAGAAGUGUGAAGAAUCCCACAUUAGCAACAGCGUAUGACAUGAGAAUGACAUGACUGUCUGACUGAGACUCUGGACAGGUUGAUCUGCUGUUACUUUGACAUGACUCUAUGUUUUCGUUUCUACCAUGGUCAGAACGCUGGCUAAUUAUUGGGUUCCUGUGGUUAAUGUUGUGCUGUACUGACAGGUUAAGUGCUGGUGCCUCACAGAAAGAAGGUUCCUGGUUUGAAUCCUGAUCAGGGCCUUUCUGUGUGGACUGAAUGUUCUCUCUGUGCUCUGGUUCCUCCCACAGUCCAAAGACAUGCUCCUGGGUGACUCUAAAUUGCCCAUAGGUGUGAGUGCCUGGUUGUCUGGCUCUAUGUGUCGGCCCUGUAAAAGACUGGUGACCAGUCCAGGGUUACCCCGCCUCUCCCAAAAUGACAGCUGAGAAAGACUCCAGCCUUGCCCCUGCCCCCAAAUGGGAUGGAUGGAUGGAUGAUUGAAUGCAUGGAUGGAUGGAUGGAUGGAUGGAUGGAUGGAUGGAUGCAUGGAUGGAUGGGUUAUAGAUGGAUGGA